UUGUGCACAUGCGCGUUGUGCAAUCUACCGGAGCGCGAGAGGUAGGGAAGGGAGUCCUAAUGGCGGAGAAUGUACGGUCGCCUUUUGACUACCGGGAGCCACCGACCCUCGACAGCGACGGGGAUGGGAGCAAACCGCCGCCGCCACGGGGGCGAGUGUGUGGGAGAAAAAGGAAGGGGACACCUGUGAAGGUGUGUGACCGAGCGUAUGUAACAGAAGAUGAGGAGGAGGAGAGCAUGUCAGAACACAGCUACAGCCCUGGUGACGGGCAGUACCCAGAGGGUGCAGAGGACCGCCUCCCUCCACCUGGCAGUCCCUACUACCUGCCUGAUCCCACCCAGCUCUGUGUGCCAGAGUUGGGGGAGGAGGGAGCGAGCGGUGUUCGGGGACCCGUCCUUUUCCAUCCGCCACCCAACUGCCGGAUUCGAGAAGUGCACUGUGGGACCCAGGUGCGCUUGGUUGUCAUAGCAAUCCGAGACAUCGCCAAAGGGGAGGAGAUCACAGUGGACUACAGCCUGACGGACUGGGGCGAGAAUGCAAUGGAGGAAGAGGCCGGCCCCCACCCACUGUCCCUCUCUGUUUCUGAUUACCUUACCCCCUCCUGGUCAUUGUCACCCUCAUCCUCCCCACUCACCCACUCUGAGCCCAGUGACUCAGACCGCGAGGAGGACGAAGAGGAGGAAGACGAUGAUGAUGAUGACGACGAUGAAGAAGAGGAAAUUGAGGAGAUAAGGGGCCGAAUGCUUCGCCGCCGGAAGAAGCGCAAGCUGCCCGCAGCAGUCAAUUCCAAGAAGAAGAGCACACCCACCUCCUCCAGAGGCCCUGGGCGCCCCUGCUCAUCCUUUUCCCGCCCGGCCCCUGUAGCACCCCCUGCCAGAUCCCAGUCCCAGCCCCCAGUCAGCGGCCUGACAACCCCGACCACCAACAUCAACAACAAUAUUAACAUAAACAUUGGCAGCUCUAGCGGCACCACAGUGAGCCGGCGGCAGCACUGCCCGUACUGUGGCCGCCACUAUCGCUCUCUGGCACGCCACCUGGAGAAGCACCAUGCCAAUCAGCCAGAGGUCAGGACAGCCAUGGAGCUGGCACACAUGCACAGCUCUUCAAAUGGCAGUGCCUCGCACCCUCACCCCUCAUCGUCCUCCGCCUCGGCAGCUCACAGUCAUUCCUUCGCUGUCCCUCAGCCCUCGGCCUCCAACCCUUCUCCACCUUCUCUCUUCUCCAGGGAGAGGGAAUCUCCAGCUACACGCUCGAGCACAGGCGCCGUCUCUUUCUCCCUCUCGCUUUCGCCGCCGCCUUCUGCUCAGCCUGCAGCCACCAAGAAGGGGCCUAGCUUACCACUGCCUAGCACAAAACGCCCCGCGCCCCCGAUGGUGGCACGAGUCAAGAGUCCAUCACCGCCUCCCCCGUCUACUCCCAGAAGGGGUCGGCGGAUGAAGAGAGAAAAGCAUGAAGAGCAGCAAAAGGUGGAAGUGGAGAGCUCAAGAAGCCAAGAGGAGCUGGUUCCACCUCCUACUCCAGAGCCAGACAUCGAUCCAGAUGAAGAUCUGGAGCUGAGUGGAGACGGAGAGGAAGACGCACCAGAGGAGAAGAAUGGAGAGAUUGUAAGCACACAGAGACAUCACAUGUCUCCGCUGCUCUCCUCCCUCUCCUGUUUGGUCCUCUACCUCCGUCGCCAGCAGCACUCCUCCUUCCUCUCUCUAACCCGUUCUCCUCACUCCGCCGAGGCCUGGCGCCUGCUCUGCCAUUCCAGCCUCUCCCUUCUCAUCCUCUACAACCGCCACCGGGAAUGCGAGGUGGCCAAGCUCACUGUCCAGGACUACCGCAACCGUGUCACCCCUGUGGCCAACUCCAGCAACAGCUCCCCCUCUGGCAUGGAAGCCCUGCUGUCCCCCUUUGAGCGCCAGGUCCUCUGUAACCUUCCCCGGGCUGGUGUUUUGGGCAAGCGUGGUCGCAUCCAGCCGCUAAUUCUCCUGCCACACUGUGAGUCCUGCCUGGACCUGCUCCUUCAAACCAGCCCUAAUGUGGGCGUGGACCCAGAAAGCCCCUAUGUCUUCUCCCGGCCCUACCACUCUCCUGCUACACCGCUAAGGGGCACGGACCUUCUGAGAAACCUGGCACGAUCUAGCGGGGCCAAGAACCCUGGUGCACUGACAGCAACGCGUGUGCGGCGGCAGGUAGCAAUACUUACUCAACUGCUACUAUUAGAGGAGGGUGAGGGCCAGGGGGGAGCCACCAAACGGCUGGAGGACUUCCUGGAACGAGAGUACCACGUGACCCAGAACUGCUCCGCUAUCAUACGGGAUCCAGCACUGAUGGGUCGUGUGGGUCGUGUUGUUCUUUAUGGAGAGAAGGAGGGCGUGCUUUUCAGAGGGAUGAGCCUGCAGCACAUCUGCCUCGAGUUGGAUGUCAUGUCUGGCAACUCAGCAGACUCCUUCUCAGAAGAUUCCGAGGCAGAGGAAGAAAAGGAGGAAGUUAAGGAGAAAGCUGAGGUGAUGGUGAAGAAGAAAGGACCAGGGCGACCACCACGGAAGAAGAGAGCGCCCAUUCCCACUCCAGUCAGCCCAUCAAUAGCCAAUGUUCAUAAGAGAAGAUGCAUUCCACCCAAAUCAGGGAAGCGUGGCGUGCUGAAGCGCCCCUGGUCAGAGGCCGAGCGUGUAGCAGUGGAGACUCACCUGAAGAGAAACCUCAUGGAGCUGCGAGUCCCCGCGAAGGCAGACUGUGAGCGCUGCCUCGAACUCUGCCCUCUGCUGGUGAGCAACCAGCGAGACUGGAGGGCUAUCAAGUUUUACGUCCACAACCGCAUCCAGCUGCUGAAGAAGCAGGGGAGGAGGGAAAGUGCCGCCGCGGUCUGCUAGGGCAAAGCAGAGGCACGGCAGAGGACUCAUAACAUAAUGUAGAAACCACCAGCAAUCAUAAUGAAGAGAAAAGGUGGAGUGCAGCUUCUCUUUUUCUUUUCUUUUUGGGGUGCAGUACCUGAGUUUCGGUGCAUGCCCCGUCUCAUCGCCAUGGUCAUACGUGAGUAGUGUCAUAAAACUGACUAAGCUAAGAAAACAGAUGGUUUGCUCCAGUUAUGGAUCAUUCAUACUCAGUGUUGGGGAUGUCCAGUGUCUGUUCGAGAUGUACUUUUAAGCGUUGGGACAAGAUGUACUUUAAAGUGUGAAUAUGAGUUCAAACAAAGUGAAUGCUUUUUUAGACUUAUUUUUUAUGUCAUCCUUACUUUGUUAAAGGUAUACUAUGCAGGAUUGUCGGUUACUGUUUGUAAACACACUGGCCAGCUAAGGUAAAUAUAAAAGCCAACCCCAGAUUCACUCUCAUUUGGUGUUUUGCCUCACUAUAUUUGCAUUUUUUCGGUGCUGUGUGUCUGAGAUGGUUGCUGCGCACAGUCUGGCACCUGGUUGCUACCUUUUCACAAAGCCCUGACCUUACCUGCCUGCUGUGGGGUACACGCCCAUAAACAUCCUGAGCACAGAAAAUAUGAAAACACAGGCAGAGGGCAGAGUCUUGCCAGAAAAAUACAGCGCAACACACUGUUAGUGGAUCAUAAAUGAUGAUUAAGAGGGAUUGCUUCUGUACGAGAAAAUCCUGCAUAGUAUAUUUUAAAAAGUUGAUAUUGGAGACAGCAGGAGAUACGGGAGGGAGAAGGUGACAUGAAACAAAUGUCCCUGGAGUGACACCGAUCCAUGAGGCUGCGGUGUGUGUUUUAGACCACCGGGACACUCCACAGCAAAUGGUCCUUGGUCUAACGUUUGCUUCCACUAAAGGCUGACGACCAAACCUGAAUGUGUAAAGCUUUGGAAGAAGAAACCAAUGGUUCUGAUUUUUAAAAAUCCCCACACAUAGAAUAUGUAUGUACGUAUGAACUUGUAUAGUUUGUGUUUGAUAUUGACUGACAUUGUGCCCCCCAACCCCGUGGCACCCAGCUGACGAGCCUUUUAAAAAGUAUUCUUUGAAGUCUAGGACCAUGACGCACCUGUUAAGUGGUUCUUGCAUACCUCUCUUACCAUGGUCAUAGUCAGACUAUUCUGUAUCAAGGCACGCCUACUUGAAUUUAUUGCGUAUCAGAAUUUAAAAGAAAAAAAAUUCAGAAUCAACUUAUGGUCUUAUUCACAAUGUAAAUACUUCCUAAUCUAUGAAAAGUAUACAGUAGUGAUGGCAAAGUUAGUAAUGUGUUACGGUGUAUAUACUGUAAAUACUACCUGUACUUAUUAAAGUGUAUGACAUUUUGCUGUGUUUUCUUAAACUGGAUUGUAAAGUGAGUUUUACAUUGUCAAUACAGAGUGAAACAAAACAGAAGUGACAAAAUAAAUACAGGAUCCAGUAUUUAUUGAGUUCAAUCAAAAAGCUGAUUGUCACAAACACAUUUUGAAAUAAAUGUACAUUUAAAUGUCAAGUCGUUACAGAGGGACAUAAAAAGGAUGACACAGUAUGACACUUGACCAUAGCCAUCAACUCAUACCUUAAAGCUGCCUCAGUCCACAUGUGUGUAUUGCAUGCAUUUGUUAAAUAAGUAUGUGUUAACUGUGAUCAGUUGUAUUAUGAGAGCUGGGUUAUUGUUUCCCUUUGUGAGUCAGUUUGUAACGUCCUGGCCAUCCCGACUCUAGUGCUGCCGUCACAGAUCUGUCCACCUCUCUCUUUGCCAACUGACCAACCCAGGACAAAGAGGAGCAGGAAACCCACUACACUCCUUCCCAGAGUUUCAUCCAAAUCCAGGUCCCCAGGUCAAAUUGAUCCCUCCCUCCUGGUUCAGCCGAUCCGCCUGAUGUGCCACUCCACUCUCCACAGGUAACUUGAAUCAGUUGACCCAUCACACACACACACACACACACCUCUUCUCAUUUCUCAGUUUGUACGUUACGCUCAACGUUAAAUAUGUAUACAGGCACGGACGAAGCCUUUUGUCCGUACGCUGUGUUUGUGCAUGUUGUCUGAAAGCUUUCAGAUUGGGACAUAACAGAGAAAUACCACCACUGAUUGUGGGGUCGUGUAGUUCAAGUGAGAUGCGACCAUAGGAGAUGACUGGCCUCACAGACCACCGCCAUUUACAACGCUGCCUCCAUUAAAUGUUCCAUAAUUCCGACCUCCUCCACCAUCACCUCAUGUUGUUCGAAACUUUUGACUCAGCCCUCUAGUGCCAUCUAUUGGCUGUAUUUAUGCCAACAUAAAGGACACAUUGAUGUAUGAAGGCAGCAACGUUUACAUUUGAAACAGAUGUAUCUGUUUUUGUAUUUAAAGAGUGAAUAAAUGAGUCCGUAGUCUCUCCCACCUGAGAUGCAAGCGAAGAGACAUGUAAAUUUGUGGAUACAUUGUUUUCAAGUGUCAUAUCCCCUGCUAAAUGACUUUUUUCACCAUCUAGGUUUGAUUCAUUUGGGCCGAUAAUAUUUCAAAAGUCAAGAAAAGCCACACAAUUAAAUAAUUUUAUCUGCAUUCAAGUUAAAGGAGGGCCAAAACAGCAGCCAAAGUCUCAAGUGUAUUUGCUCUAUGGACCCAUGGCUGCGGAAAUCUGAGUAAUUUUAUAACCAGGAACUCAAACUUUUUGGCUGCAUGCACAACUUUCAUAGGGAUGAACAAGGCCCGGCUUCAUAUGUUGCAUCCAGGUCUCUAUACAUCCAUGGUCAAGCCUCUUUUAUAUAUCACUUUCCACAAAUACGAAUGCAAAGGAUGCGCCCGAGCGUCCUCGCUCAUAGCUCCUCCGUAGGGGUCAAGACACCCUUGAAAGUGGUGUGCUAAGUUCAAUCUCCCAGUCACAGACAGGAGGAUGGAGAAAAUCAAAAACGAGGACGCACAAAAUAGAGAAAUGAGAAGAGCUCGCUGUGUAGUGCUUUAGUCAGACCAAAAGCCCAGCACCAGACAACAUGAGUGACCGAAACAGUGGCGGAUGAAGCACCAAGAUAUCUCACCAGAAAAUGACUUCAGUAGAAGUUAGUCACUUAUUAGAGUAUUAGCUCAGUAAAUGUCUCUGAUAUUUAUUGUACUGAUGUAUCAAAAGUAAUUUUAUGAUAUUAAAUGUGCUUAAGUAUUUAAAGUAAAAGUACAAGGGCAACGCUGUUAAUUACAAAGCAAGCGAUCAUACGGUUAUUUCUCCUUAACAUGUACACCACCUUAAAAAUGAAAUGGUUAAUUACACUUGACAAAAAAAGAGGUAUGUUUCAGGGGAAAUGUAUUAUAGUCAAAUACA